CUGCAAAAUUACGCAAGCUUCUGUUGCAGCUUUGGUUGGAUGGUAACAGUCAUGCAGGUCACAAAGGCUAGGAAGGCAACGUUCCACAAGGGCUCGACUUCUUUACUACAUUCAACAUCCUACCGCACACCAUUACCAAGGCCAAGACCACCGAGACAAACACCAAGACUAACUCCAAGGUCAACACUACCACCACCAACAAGACACAAGACCUGCACAAGGACUACGACCACGACCUCCCAAACCAGUGCCCAAGGGAACGCGCAAAGGGCUCCGCCCACAUACAAUUGGGGAUGCUGAGGCGGUGUGUGAACAAGAUGCCCACGCAUGGCCUGGCAAGCCAAACGGAUAACGAUGGGAGGUGCGAAGGGAGAAGUACGCAUGGGACGCGGCCUGACCAGCCAACACAGCCCCGAGAGGGAUGCGAUCGAGAAGGGGUGGGCCCGCAUGGCCUGGCAAGCCAAACGGAUAACGAUGGGAGGUGCGAAGGGAGAAGUACGCAUGGGACGCGGCCUGACCAGCCAACACAGCCCCGAGAGGGAUGCGAUCGAGAAGGGGUGGGCCCGCAUGGCCUGGCAAGCCAAACGGAUAACGAUGGGAGGUGCGAAGGGAGAAGCACGCAUGGGACGCGGCCUGACCAGCCAACACAGCCCCGAGAGGGAUGCGAUCGAGAAGGGGUGAGCCCGCAUGGCCUGGCAAGCCAAACGGAUAACGAUGGGAGGUGCGAAGGGAGAAGCACGCAUGGGACGCGGCCUGACCAGCCAACACAGCCCCGAGAGGGAUGCGAUCGAGAAGGGGUGAGCCCGCAUGGCCUGGCAAGCCAAACGGAUAACAAUGGGAGGUGCGAAGGGAGAAGCACGCAUGGGACACGGCCUGACCAGCCAACACAGCCCCGAGAGGGAUGCGAUCGAGAAGAGGUGGGCCCGCAUGGCCUGGCAAACCAAACGGAUAACAAUGGGCGGUGCGAAGGGAGAAGCACGCAUGGGACGCGGCCUGACCAGCCAACACAGCCCCGAGAGGGAUGCGAUCGAGAAGGGGUGAGCCCGCAUGGCCUGGCAAGCCAAACGGAUAACGAUGGGAGGUGCGAAGGGAGAAGCACGCAUGGGACGCGGCCUGACCAGCCAACACAGCCCCGAGAGGGAUGCGAUCGAGAAGGGGUGAGCCCGCAUGGCCUGGCAAGCCAAACGGAUAACAAUGGGAGGUGCGAAGGGAGAAGCACGCAUGGGACGCGGCCUGACCAGCCAAUACAGCCCCGAGAGGGAUGCGAUCGAGAAGGGGUGGGCCCGCAUGGCCUGGCAAGCCAAACGGAUAACGAUGGGAGGUGCGAAGGGAGAAGCACGCAUGGGACGCGGCCUGACCAGCCAACACAGCCCCGAGAGGGAUGCGAUCGAGAAGGGGUGGGCCCGCAUGGCCUGGCAAGCCAAACGGAUAACGAUGGGAGGUGCGAAGGGAGAAGCACGCAUGGGACGCGGCCUGACCAGCCAACACAGCCCCGAGAGGGAUGCGAUCGAGAAGAGGUGGGCCCGCAUGGCCUGGCAAACCAAACGGAUAACAAUGGGAGGUGCGAAGGGAGAAGCACGCAUGGGACGCGGCCUGACCAGCCAACACAGCCCCGAGAGGGAUGCGAUCGAGAAGGGGUGGGCCCGCAUGGCCUGGCAAGCCAAACGGAUAACGAUGGGAGGUGCGAAGGGAGAAGCACGCAUGGGACGCGGCCUGACCAGCCAACACAGCCCCGAGAGGGAUGCGAUCGAGAAGAGGUGGGCCCGCAUGGCCUGGCAAACCAAACGGAUAACAAUGGGCGGUGCGAAGGGAGAAGCACGCAUGGGACGCGGCCUGACCAGCCAACACAGCCCCGAGAGGGAUGCGAUCGAGAAGGGGUGAGCCCGCAUGGCCUGGCAAGCCAAACGGAUAACGAUGGGAGGUGCGAAGGGAGUAGCACGCAUGGGACGCGGCCUGACCAGCCAACACAGCCCCGAGAGGGAUGCGAUCGAGAAGGGGUGGGCCCGCAUGGCCUGGCAAGCCAAACGGAUAACAAUGGGCGGUGCGAAGGGAGAAGCACGCAUGGGACGCGGCCUGACCAGCCAACACAGCCCCGAGAGGGAUGCGAUCGAGAAGGGGUGAGCCCGCAUGGCCUGGCAAGCCAAACGGAUAACGAUGGGAGGUGCGAAGGGAGAAGCACGCAUGGGACGCGGCCUGACCAGCCAACACAGCCCCGAGAGGGAUGCGAUCGAGAAGGGGUGAGCCCGCAUGGCCUGGCAAGCCAAACGGAUAACGAUGGGAGGUGCGAAGGGAGUAGCACGCAUGGGACGCGGCCUGACCAGCCAACACAGCCCCGAGAGGGAUGCGAUCGAGAAGGGGUGAUCCCGCAUGGCCUGGCAAACCAAACGGAUAACAAUGGGCGGUGCGAAGGGAGAAGCACGCAUGGGACGCGGCCUGACAAGCCAACACAGCCCCGAGAGGGAUGCGAUCGAGAAGGGGUGGGCCCGCAUGGCCUGGCAAGCCAAACGGAUAACAAUGGGCGGUGCGAAGGGAGAAGCACGCAUGGGACGCGGCCUGACCAGCCAACACAGCCCCGAGAGGGAUGCGAUCGAGAAGGGGUGAGCCCGCAUGGCCUGGCAAACCAAACGGAUAACAAUGGGCGGUGCGAAGGGAGAAGCACGCAUGGGACGCGGCCUGACCAGCCAACACAGCCCCGAGAGGGAUGCGAUCGAGAAGGGGUGGGCCCGCAUGGCCUGGUAAGCCAAACGGAUAACGAUGGGAGGAGCGAAGGGAGAAGCACGCAUGGGACACGGCCUGACAAUCCAACACAGCCCCGAGAGGGAUGCGAUCGAGAAGGGGUGGGCCCGCAUGGCCUGGCAAGCCAAACGGAUAACAAUGGGCGGUGCGAAGGGAGAAGCACGCAUGGGACGCGGCCUGACCAGCCAACACAGCCCCGAGAGGGAUGCGAUCGAGAAGGGGUGAGCCCGCAUGGCCUGGCAAGCCAAACGGAUAACGAUGGGAGGUGCGAAGGGAGAAGCACGCAUGGGACGCGGCCUGACCAGCCAACACAGCCCCGAGAGGGAUGCGAUCGAGAAGGGGUGGGCCCGCAUGGCCUGGCAAGCCAAACGGAUAACAAUGGGAGGUGCGAAGGGAGAAGCACGCAUGGGACGCGGCCUGACCAGCCAAUACAGCCCCGAGAGGGAUGCGAUCGAGAAGGGGUGGGCCCGCAUGGCCUGGCAAACCAAACGGAUAACAAUGGGCGGUGCGAAGGGAGAAGCACGCAUGGGACGCGGCCUGACCAGCCAACACAGCCCCGAGAGGGAUGCGAUCGAGAAGGGGUGAGCCCGCAUGGCCUGGCAAGCCAAACGGAUAACGAUGGGAGGUGCGAAGGGAGAAGCACGCAUGGGACGCGGCCUGACCAGCCAACACAGCCCCGAGAGGGAUGCGAUCGAGAAGGGGUGGGCCCGCAUGGCCUGGCAAGCCAAACGGAUAACAAUGGGCGGUGCGAAGGGAGAAGCACGCAUGGGACGCGGCCUGACCAGCCAACACAGCCCCGAGAGGGAUGCGAUUGAGAAGGGGUGAGCCCGCAUGGCCUGGCAAGCCAAACGGAUAACGAUGGGAGGUGCGAAGGGAGAAGUACGCAUGGGACGCGGCCUGACCAGCCAACACAGCCCCGAGAGGGAUGCGAUCGAGAAGGGGUGGGCCCGCAUGGCCUGGCAAACCAAACGGAUAACAAUGGGCGGUGCGAAGGGAGAAGCACGCAUGGGACGCGGCCUGACCAGCCAACACAGCCCCGAGAGGGAUGCGAUCGAGAAGGGGUGAGCCCGCAUGGCCUGGCAAGCCAAACGGAUAACAAUGGGAGGUGCGAAGGGAGAAGCACGCAUGGGACACGGCCUGACCAGCCAACACAGCCCCGAGAGGGAUGCGAUCGAGAAGAGGUGGGCCCGCAUGGCCUGGCAAACCAAACGGAUAACAAUGGGCGGUGCGAAGGGAGAAGCACGCAUGGGACGCGGCCUGACCAGCCAACACAGCCCCGAGAGGGAUGCGAUCGAGAAGGGGUGGGCCCGCAUGGCCUGGCAAGCCAAACGGAUAACGAUGGGAGGUGCGAAGGGAGAAGCACGCAUGGGACGCGGCCUGACCAGCCAACACAGCCCCGAGAGGGAUGCGAUCGAGAAGGGGUGGGCCCGCAUGGCCUGGCAAGCCAAACGGAUAACAAUGGGAGGUGCGAAGGGAGAAGCACGCAUGGGGCGCGGCCUGACCAGCCAACACAGCCCCGAGAGGGAUGCGAUCGAGAAGGGGUGGGCCCGCAUGGCCUGGCAAGCCAAACGGAUAACGAUGGGAGGUGCGAAGGGAGAAGCACGCAUGGGACACGGCCUGACCAGCCAACACAGCCCCGAGAGGGAUGCGAUCGAGAAGGGGUGGGCCCGCAUGGCCUGGCAAACCAAACGGAUAACAAUGGGCGGUGCGAAGGGAGAAGCACGCAUGGGACGCGGCCUGACCAGCCAACACAGCCCCGAGAGGGAUGCGAUCGAGAAGGGGUGAGCCCGCAUGGCCUGGCAAGCCAAACGGAUAACAAUGGGAGGUGCGAAGGGAGAAGCACGCAUGGGACGCGGCCUGACCAGCCAAUACAGCCCCGAGUGGGAUGCGAUCGAGAAGGGGUGGGCCCGCAUGGCCUGGCAAGCCAAACGGAUAACGAUGGGAGGUGCGAAGGGAGAAGCACGCAUGGGACGCGGCCUGACCAGCCAACACAGCCCCGAGAGGGAUGCGAUCGAGAAGGGGUGGGCCCGCAUGGCCUGGCAAGCCAAACGGAUAACGAUGGGAGGUGCGAAGGGAGAAGCACGCAUGGGACGCGGCCUGACCAGCCAACACAGCCCCGAGAGGGAUGCGAUCGAGAAGAGGUGGGCCCGCAUGGCCUGGCAAACCAAACGGAUAACAAUGGGAGGUGCGAAGGGAGAAGCACGCAUGGGACGCGGCCUGACCAGCCAAUACAGCCCCGAGAGGGAUGCGAUCGAGAAGGGGUGGGCCCGCAUGGCCUGGCAAGCCAAACGGAUAACGAUGGGAGGUGCGAAGGGAGAAGCACGCAUGGGACGCGGCCUGACCAGCCAACACAGCCCCGAGAGGGAUGCGAUCGAGAAGAGGUGGGCCCGCAUGGCCUGGCAAACCAAACGGAUAACAAUGGGCGGUGCGAAGGGAGAAGCACGCAUGGGACGCGGCCUGACCAGCCAACACAGCCCCGAGAGGGAUGCGAUCGAGAAGGGGUGAGCCCGCAUGGCCUGGCAAGCCAAACGGAUAACGAUGGGAGGUGCGAAGGGAGUAGCACGCAUGGGACGCGGCCUGACCAGCCAACACAGCCCCGAGAGGGAUGCGAUCGAGAAGGGGUGGGCCCGCAUGGCCUGGCAAGCCAAACGGAUAACAAUGGGCGGUGCGAAGGGAGAAGCACGCAUGGGACGCGGCCUGACCAGCCAACACAGCCC